UGCAGUGCGGGUACUUCCCGUCCGGCCGCUCGGGUUCUGGCGGUCGGUAGUCUGCGAGCGGCACCUCCGCCCCAGCCGCGAAACCGCCAGACGUGAGUCGCCACCGGUGCGGGGAGCGCGGAGGCGGCGUGGAGUGUGCGAUGUAAGUUUUAUCCUUCAGAGUGAAUGAAGUGUCGUCAUCGCAGUAGCCUGGGGCAAACCUUGGUUUCUCACCCCAGAUCUACUUCAUCAACAAAUGCUGUUGACGAUACCUGUGAAAUGCAUCCAGAAUCUGAUCCCUUGCCAUCUGCUCCCACCACCCUGGUCCAAGAUACUGUCAUCUCUAGUGGAUUGCUGCUGGAGCCUUCCAACUGGUGUUCCUGUUUACAUCCUUACACUCCCCAGCUCCACCCUAGUCUCUUCUCAGAGCAGCAGCUGGAGAGGCCACAUGGCAGGUCAUAGCACUGCCCAGAUCUUCAGGAUACUUCCCAGCUCAUUCAGAGUAAAAGCCCAUGUCCUGUAGCCUAUGAGGCACCCCUUCCUCCUCUCUCUUGCCCUCCCCUACUCCACUUCAGCCCCUCUGGUCUCCUUGCCCUUACUUGAGCACAUCAAGUGGGCCAUCGCCUCACACCGUUUGCCCCUGUGCAUUCCCCUUCCUGGAAUUGAUCUCCCCUAAUAUCCACACAGUGCCUGCCCUCGCUCCAUCUGGACCUCUGCUUUGGUGUUGCUUUAUCAAAGUUGCCUUCCCUAGCCAGCCUGUGUAAAAUAUCUCCUGCCACCAGCUGCUGCCCUCAUGCUGUUCAUUCUUUCUGUCCCUUAUUGUCACCUGACACAGGCUUUUGUUUGUCAACCGCCCUAUUUGCUUGCACACCGCCUUAGUUUUGCCCGCCUCCUGGGGACAGGCUAAGAGAUGCAGCGAUGGCCAUCAAAGAUCUCCUUCCUCCUGGGCCUCAGGUUUUGGUUUCUUUUGAGGAAGUGGCUGUGUUCCUUUCCCGGGAGGAGUGGGGCUGUCUGGGCCCUGCUCAGAGGGGCCUCUACAGUGAUGUGAUGCUGGAGACCUACAGAAACCUGAUCUCACUGGGACUUCAAGGUUCCAAACCUGAUGUCAUCUCCAGGCUGGAGAAGGGGGAAGAGCCAUGGGCCCCAUACUCACCGAGAAUUGAGGAAGGCUGGAUCUGGAGUCAUGGGAGUGAAAGUUUUGAGUCUCGGACAGGAAAGAAGGGAUUGACUCCAAGACAGGAAAUUUCCAAAGCAGUGGGGUCCCAGAGAGCAAAAUCAGAAGAACAUGUAAAGAAUAUUUCCAAGGAACCUGAUUUUGAAGAGAUGAGUAAAACUGAGGAAAAAUUAAAGAACUGCUGGAGAAAAUCUGCAGAGGAAGGGCUUAAGAAAUCCUUCUCCCAGAAGAACAAUUCUGGGCCAGUGACAUUGACACAUAUGAAAACCCCUAUUAGAAGGGAAGGCCAGAAAUCCAGUUCUGUGGAGGUAAACUGCACUGCAGACCCAAACCCGUUUGGAUUUCAUAGAGCAUCUAGAGGGAAGAGUCUCCACCAGAAUGUGCCAUGUAUGGAUGACUAUCAGCAAAGCCAGGACCUCACUAAUCGCCAGUGUUUCUCCCCAGAAGAAAGAGCCUGUCAGACAGAUGUGUGUGUGAAAGUGCCCAGGCAGAGUUCAGUUCUUAGUGAGAAUCAGAGGGUUAACAAUCCAGAAGAGUCCUUUGAGUAUAAUGAGUAUGGAAAACCUUUCAGCCUGAGUAGAACUCUUUCUCAGCAUCAGAGAAGUCAUGCUGGAGAGAAGCCCUGUGAGUGUGGCGGGUGUAGAAAAAUUUCUCAGCACUGCUCGGUCCUAAGCCAACAUCAGAGAGUUCACUGUGGAGAAAAGCACCAUACCUGUGCUGAGUGUGGCAAAUCUUUCAGGGCUCAUUCCUAUUUCAUUCAGCACCAUAACACUCACACUGGAGAAAGACCUUAUGAGUGCAGUGAAUGUAGGAAAGCUUUCAGUGUACGUUCAUCUUACAGCCAACAUCUUAAAAUUCACACUGGGCAGAAACAUCAUGAGUGUCAUCAGUGUGGAAAAGCCUUUAGUCAUAGCUCUAACCUGAUUCAUCAUCAGAGAAUUCAUAGUGGAGAGAAACCAUACAAGUGUAAGGAAUGUGGGAAGGCUUUCAGUAGACACUCUCACCUCCUUCAGCAUGAGCGAACUCAUUCUGGAGAGAAACCUUAUAACUGUACUGAAUGCGGCAAAGCCUUCAGUGCACGAUUAUCUCUCAUUCAACAUCAGAGAACUCACACAGGAGAAAAACCCUAUGAAUGCAAUGAAUGUGGGAAAUCCUUUAGUUUGAACCGAACCCUUACUGUUCAUCAGAGAAUUCACACUGGAGAGAAACCCUAUAAGUGUAACGAAUGUGGAAAAUCCUUCAGUCAGCGCUCCCAAGUCAUUCAGCACAAGAGAAUUCAUACUGGAGAGAAGCCUUAUGUCUGCAAUGAGUGUGGAAAAUCAUUCAGUGCUCGCCUGUCCCUCAUCCAGCAUCAGAGAAUUCACACUGGAGAAAAACCUUACAGAUGCAGUGAGUGUGGGAAAACCUUCAGUCAGAAGGGACAUCUUACUCAGCAUCAGCGAAUUCACACUGGAGAAAAGCCCUAUGAGUGUAAUGAGUGUGGAAAAGCUUUCAGCCAGAGUUUUAAUCUUAUUCAUCAUCAAAGGACACACAAUGGUGAGAAGCCCUAUGAAUGUAAUGAGUGUGAUAAAGCCUUCAGUGUGCUCUCUUCCCUUGUUCAACAUCAGAGAGUCCAUAAUGGUGAGAAGCCCUAUGAGUGUCACAAAUGUGGGAAGGCCUUUAGCCAGGGCUCACACCUCAUUCAGCACCAGAGGAGCCACACUGGGGAGAAACCCUAUGAAUGUAACAAGUGUGGGAAAACCUUUGGGCAGAUAUCCACCCUAAUUAAGCAUGAGAGAACACACAAUGGAGAGAAACCCUAUGAGUGUGGUGACUGCGGGAAAGCCUUCAGCCAGAGUGCACACCUCGUCCGCCAUCGAAGGAUUCACACUGGAGAGAAUCCCUACGAGUGCAGUGACUGUGGGAAGGCCUUCAACGUCUGCUCAUCUCUCGUGCAGCAUCAUAGAAUUCAUACUGGGGAGAAGCCUUAUGAAUGCGAGAAGUGUGGCAAGGCCUUCAGUCAGCAUUCACAGUUUAUUCAGCAUCAGAGGAUUCACACUGGAAAGAAGCCCUACAUGUGCAAUGAAUGUGAGAAAGCCUUCAGUGCAUGCUUAUCCCUUAUCCAGCACAAGAGAAUUCACACAGGAGAAAAACCUUACAGAUGCACUGAACGUGGAAAGUCCUUCCGACAAAGCUCUCACCUUAUUCGACAUCAGAGAGUUCACAGUGGAGAGCGCCCUUACGUGUGUAAUGAAUGUGGGAAAACUUUUAGUCAGAGACUAACUCUUACUAGUCAUGGGAAAAUUCACACUAGAGAGCAGGCCUAUGAGUGUAUUAAAUGUGGGGACCUCUAGUGCACAGGCAGCUUUCAUUCAGCACCAUAAAGUUCACAGUGGAGAAUAACUGCUUUAUUCGAUAAAGUCUUCACUGUUGUACAUCAGGAAUAGUAUACUGAUGUGAAAGCUUCUGUUUCAGAGAUUCAUCUCUUGAGUGUUUAACAAUGUCCCAGUGCAGUGCUAACUGAAGACAGGCUGCCGGAUUACAUGGUAGAAAUUCCAAGGUCACAUGCCUUUCCUCCCACAGAGGGUGCCCUGUGCUUGAGUACUUGAAACGAGCCCCGUCUGAGUACACUUAUUUAAGAUUGUGUUUUCAUAGCUCCAGACCUUAGGGUGCAGUGAGGUAUUUCAUGCAGCCACUUGCUUUUCCUUCCUCAUCUUCAUCUAUUUCAAGUUCAAGGAGAGUAACUGGGACCAUUACACUUUAAAUCUGGAAAAAACCAGGUUGGGAUUUCCUUGUUGGUUUGGACCUCUUCAAAAAGUUUUUGUGUUAUUGUGAGGGAUGUCCCUUUAACUUCAAAAGUAUUAUCCCUUUUCAGCAUCAGGUAAUCCAAGCAGGAAGAAACUAGGAGCAUGAACAAAAUUUGUUAAGGAGGUGAGGCAUGUGUGUAGAUACAGACUUUGAAAUCCUGCUAGGAAGUCAAAUGACACAUGUAAAACGAGUUUUCCUACAAGUUAAUUUGGAAAGUCAAACUGCUGUGAAUUGGGAGG